CUCAUUCUUCUCCACGGACUGGACGCUAGGGAAGCAACAAGCUUGAUUGAAUCACAUAGCCUAUGCUACAAUAACGAGACGGCUAUUUGUCCGUUUUCCCGCAGAAGCAAGCCGUGCAUUUGAGCUGUGGAGGGGAGAUGACGGCCGUGUACAAAGACGACCAGGGUGACUGGAUGACCGUCUGCCUCAAGUACCUCCUCUUCGUCUUUAAUGUCCUCUUCUGGGUUGGUGGAGCGGCGGUGAUGGGCGUGGGCAUCUGGACCCUGAUAGACAAGAGUGAUUACCUGAGCCUGCUGGCCUCCAGCACCUUCGCCGUGUCUGCCUAUAUCCUCAUCCUGGCCGGGGCCCUGGUCAUGGUCACGGGCUUCCUGGGCUGCUGCGCCGUCAUCAGGGAGCAGAGGAGCUGCCUGUCCACGUAUUUCUGCUGUCUGUUAUUGAUCUUUCUAGAGCUGGUGGCAGGAGUCCUGGCCUACGUGUAUUACCAGAGGCUCAGUGAGGAGCUGAAGCAGCACCUGAAUGAGACCAUGACAGAGAACUACGCCCAGCCAGGGAAAGAGGCCAUCACCCUGGCCGUGGACAGACUACAGCAGGAUUUCAAGUGCUGUGGCAGCAACAACUCAUUUGAUUGGCUGCAUAGUGUGUACAUGACCUCGGCUGUGUCGGAGGGCAGGGUGGUCCCGGACAGCUGCUGUAAGACCAACACCCUCUGUGGCCGCAGAGACCACCCCUCCAACAUCUACAAGACUGAGGUG